GGCAGUAGUACACGCGAUUAAUCGAUAACCAGUAAUUGUACGGGUCGUAGGUGUUUUUGCCGGUAGAUUGAUUACAAUUUUCGAGCACAUGUUUCAUAAUAAGUGUCUUUUGUGUUUACGAUUAGCAGGGAGGUCAGUUCUAUUCAGACGAAAGAGCACAUAUUUUAUAACCACCCCAAUAUUUUAUGUGAAUGCCCCCCCACACAUUGGCCAUGUGUACACUGCAGUUAUUGCUGAUGCAGCACAUCGUUUCCAAAUGCUUUUGGGUUGUCAGGAGACAGUGUUUAGUACAGGAACUGAUGAACAUGGAACAAAAAUUCAGGAAGCAGCUCUUCAGUCUGGAUCCCCAUUGCCACAGUAUUGUGAUCAUAUUUCUCUGCAGUAUCGAACACUUUUCCAGUCAUGUAACAUUGAUUAUACGGAUUUUGUGCGGACAACUGAAGAUCGUCAUAAAUCAGAAGUUCACAAAUUCUGGAAUGUUUUGCAGGCUGGAGGACACAUAUAUUUGGGAACAUACUCAGGAUGGUAUUGCACCCCAGAUGAGACAUUCCUUUCAGAGAAUCAGCUGGCAGAACGUCAAGGGCCAGAUGGCUGUACAUACAAAGUUUCCGCUGAGUCGGGCCAUCCUGUGGAGUGGACAAAUGAGGAGAACUUCAUGUUUAAACUGAGUUCCUUCCAAGACGAUCUUUUGCGCUGGCUGCAGAAUGAUGAAUCAGUGCAUCCAGCAAAAUUUCGACGUCAGCUGAUAGACUUUGUGUCAAAUGAUGAUCUUCUGCAUGAUGUGUCUGUGUCCCGCCCAAAGGACCGUGUGCACUGGGGAAUUCCUGUGCCAGAUGCACCUCAUCAAACCAUAUACGUGUGGCUGGAUGCUUUGGUCAGCUAUGUCACUGUUGCUCAAUCAAAACUGUGGCCUCCAGAUCUUCAAGUCAUUGGCAAAGAUAUCCUGAAAUUCCACGGAGUGUACUGGCCAGCUUUUCUGAUUGCUGCAGGUCUGGAACCCCCUCGCUCCUUACUCUGUCACUCCCAUUGGAAAGUUGACGGCAAGAAGAUGUCCAAAUCCAAAGGAAACAUUAUUGACCCUUUGGACUGUAUUGUCAGAUACACGGCUUCUGGUUUGCGUUACUUUCUGCUUCGGGAAGGUGUAGCACAUAGUGAUGGCAACUACAGUGAAACAAAGGCAAUUCGUAUUCUCAACUCAGAACUUGCUGAUAGCCUUGGAAACCUUCUAAACCGAUGUUCAGGCAAAACAGUGAAUCCAGAUCAGAUCUUCCCCAAGUUCUGCCAACACAGCUUCAGCAUAUACUGCAACUCUGAUGAAGCUCUCAAACUUGUGGAGUCACUGUCUGCCUUACCAGAUCUUGUAAAGGACCACUUUCUGGCAUGUAAUUUUUAUAAAGGCAUUGACUGUAUUGUUGCAACACUCCACGCAGCAAAUCGAUUCUUUGAGUCUCAGAAGCCAUGGGAGUUAUGUAAGAAACACCAGUCACCCCACCAGAAUGGUGUUCUGCACCUUACCAUGGAGACUCUGCGAGUGUGUGGCAUCUUACUGCAGCCCAUAGUUCCUGAGCUGUCUGAUACACUACUCAGAAAGAUUGGAAUAUCUAAGGAGAAGCGCAUGUGGAAAGACAUUAGACCAUUCAGUUGGGAACAAGGCAGGCUAUGUAACGUCCCCAUCAGUGCUGAGAAAAUAAUGCUUUACAAACGUAUAAUGGUCUCUAAGUCAUAACAAAUAUGAAACCAUCUGUGUGAUAUUGAAAGAUGUAUGUAGGUUUCUUUUUUUUUAAUUUUAGUGGGGUGGGACUAAGUCCCUUGUACUGCGGCCACUUCUGGCCUAUUGUA